UGUAUUAAAUUUUUUUUAGGCUGUACGAAAUCUUGGUAACUUAGUCUGCAGAUUUUAUUUCAUGGAUGGACGAACAAAAGCUAUUGAUGUUCAGCCUUCAGAUACUGCAAUGGAUGCCAUGCAACAGCUAGCUAUUAAAACAGGAUUGCGAAGUUUAGAUGGCUGGGCUCUCUAUGAGAGUACUCCUGAGUAUGAACAUGUUAUUAAAGGAUAUGAAUACCUUGCAGACAUUAUUUCUAAUUGGGAAUUUUGCCAAAGAACAUCAGCAACUUUCAGUAAAUACAAUACCUUAUCUCGAAGAGGUCCUAGUAUGGCUUUAGGAGGUGGUGAAUGCAGGUUUUUAUUUAAAAAGCGAUUGUUUCGAAAUCCUCGUGAGAUCCCACAGGAUCCUGUGGAAGUUAAUCUUCUAUUUGCUCAAGCUGUUCAUGGUGUUGUGAAGGCUGAUGAGUAUCCAAUUAAUGAAAGAGUUGGGCUGCAGUUAGCUGGUCUACAAGCUCAAGUUCUUUUAGGUGAACCUCAAGAAGCAAAAGUAGAAAGGUAAUAUAUGUGUAUAAAUUGUAUAUAAUAGCGGGAAGGGAGUAAGGCUGAGUAGCUAACUGUACAAUGAAGGCCUGUUAGAGCUAACUGUACGACCUAGAAACUGUCAGAUUUAAUCAAGAGAUUUAUUGUUUAGUUGCAUAGAAUACAUCAUUCUUGAAAAUUCAUUAAUGUAUUACUUAUUUUA